GAGGUUAGGCAAUCAGGAGGAUAAAAGAUGAGCCCAAGUGCUCCCUCAGGAUUCAAUCCUGAGCACAGAAAACAGCCUGAGAUUCUUGCCCAAGGGACGGAGAUACACAGGUGAAGAUCCACGUCAAGAUGAAACUUGGAGUCAUUUUGCUAUGUGUUCUUCUGUACCUUACCACUGGAGGCUGCGAUCGGGUAUAUGUUCACCCCUUUUUCCUGGUUGACUUUAACAAUAGCAAUGCCAACAGCUGCAAGGAGCUGGGAGAAAGAGAACCGCUGGUGAAGACAUUUGUUCCCCUCUCAAUUGAGUCCCAUUUCACUUCAACAUAUGAAGAGAGUCUGAGGAACAAGAGUGAGGAAGAAGAGAAACGCCUGGGUGUGAACUUCUUAAAAGACCCCAUUUCUAUUCUUGGUGCCCGUUUUUACAAAGAGCUGAAGAAAAUACAUGAAAACAGCAAUAUUAUCCUCUCUCCUAUAUUCAUAUACGAGUCUCUAUUAUCCAUUUAUUUAGGGGCUUCUGGAGAAACAGCAACCAAUCUGCAGAUUUUAUUAGGGUUUAACCCACCAUCCAGUGACUCACAUUGUACCUUCAAAAUAGAUGGACAUAAAGUUCUCUUUGCCCUGAAGAUCAUCCUGAAUGCUCCCUUACGCUUCAGGGACACAGAGGGACUGAUUUUCUCCAAGCUGUUGUGCCUUUUCUCUGCUCCUGGUGCCCAUUUAUCUGAGUCUUUUGUCCAUGAAUUGGCCUUUCCAGAUGUUAAUUUCCACAUUCGAGCUGUGGAUUUCACCAACCCCACAGAGGCAGCAAAACAAAUAAAUGCAUUUGUCGAAAGCAAGAGCGCACACAGAAUCAAGGGUCUUCUGGCUGACAUUGAUCAGGAAACCACCCUGCUGUUGACAACUUACACUCAUUUCAAAGCUGUAAUAAACGGAGCGUCCCCACUCAAAGAACCCCAAGAAUUCUGGCUUGAUUCCCAAACUAAGAUCUUUGUUCCUAUGAUGACAGUAACUGGAGUCUUCAAGCAUAAAUACCAUGCAGGACUUUCCAUUGUCAAAAUUCCUCUCAGCAAAAGUUUAUUUUUGCUGCUCUUACAGCCUAGCAACAGCAAUCAGCUACAUAGCGAUGAUCAAUAUUCUUUGACACCUUCUUUGGAAUGGUUCCAAGGCUUGAAAUCGAAACAAAUCCACUUGACUUUACCAAGGGUGUCCUUUAACAGCAUAUUCGACCUUCAAGAACUCCUUGGGAAACAGGGGAUGCCUAAUCUGCUUGGAAAAGAAGCCAAUCUCAGAUUGCUAAGCAAUAGUAAUGUGACCAUUGGAAAGAUCAUAAAUCAGCAACUUUUUGAGCUCAGCCCCAGUGAAGAAGAUCCAGUAGAAGCUCACACAGAAGAAAAUGCCAGCGAGAAACUUAAAAUAACAUUUAACAGGGCAUUUUGGUUCAGAAUGUAUGAAAAAGAAUCAGCUGCAUUGAUUUAUUUUGGCCAAAUAACAAAUCCCCUAAAUGAAACAUAAAUUCUGGAUGGGGGU